AAUUAUUCAUUGUCACCAGAAGCCGUUUAUCCGGUGGCUAUCAACGAGAUCGCAUUCAUAUACCACCAGUUGACCGUUGGUGAUGGGCACAGUAAUGUAAUUUUGAUGGGUGAUUCUGCCGGUGCAUUGCUUGCUGUUUCCUUGAUGAAGCAUAUAAAGAUGCCUGUAGAUGCUAUUGCCGUCAAAAUUCCGACUGGAAAGGUUCCUAAGGCGGCGAUUCUUAUCUCCCCUUGGCUUAACUUGAACCCUAAAUACACAGGCUCCUACGCCCGGAAUAGUUACUCAGACAAGAUUACUUUCCGCUUGUGUAAAAUUACCAGUGAGGCUUAUCAACCCGACAGAAGUUUGCGAUUACUUCCAGAGGUUAGUCCUUAUGAUACAAAAGAAGAGGACUGGAAGGGUGUGUUGCCCUCUGAGAUGCUAGUGGUGGCUGGUGAAAGAGAAACGAUGUUUGAUGAUAUCGUGUCUUGGACACUAGCCGCGAAAGUCAACCCGUCCUGCCUUUUAGUCGAACCUAUGGGCAUUCACGAUAGCUUUACACUUGAAACCAGGAAUCUUGAGACUUACAAGGAGAACUAUUCGUACAUUCAGACGGUUGCAUUCUUGCGCCGGCUUUUGUCCGAAGCACGACCAAAACCAGAGUGGCUAUGACCGAUAUAAACCCACAAGGGCUUUGCGACAUUAAUAUAA